AUUGUUUGUGACUCUUUUAAAUUAGUCUACUGUUUUAAUGUGUGUGCAUUUAUAUAUAAAUAUAUUUUUUAAAUUCAUCAAUUUAAUCAUUCAUAUUUGGAAAAUCUGGAAAAUGGAAAGAAACCGAAAAGUCCACGUAUUGUCUACAGGGCAAAUAAAAUGUGGGGAUGAAUCUGUAACUUUCUGAAAAUGGUAGGGUAAAAAAAGAAAAGCCAGUAAUGACAAUAUUCCCUUCUAAGUUUGAACUAAUACAACAGGGCCCCAAAUCUUAGAAGGGUUACUUAAACGCAAGAGUUAUAAUUGACAGUCCGUAUGCUGUUAAACCCUGAACCCAGCAAUCGCCACUAUGCACUACCUCCUAGCCACCAUCCGCCGCCGUUACAGCCAUCGUUAUUCACUGCUUGUCCGCCACUACAAGCCACAGAAACCACCAAAACCGCCGGCCCCUCCCUCCCCUCCAAAACCUCCGAAAAAAGUGCAGGCCUUUACAUUCCACGACCACACGUGGGAGGACCCGUACAGUUGGAUGUCGAGUCUGAACGACAAAGUGGCCAUGCGCCAUAUGGAUGUGCACAUGGAGCAAGAAGAGAAGUACACUGAAGCUGUUUUAUCGGACACUGAGAGACUUCAGUCGAAGCUCCAGUCCGAAAUGGCUUUUCGCCUCGCUUCUGAACUUUCCACCCCUCCCCUCCGCUGGGGUCCUUGGUUGUACUAUCGGCGGGUUGAAGAAGGAAAGCAGUAUCCUGUGUUGUGUAGGAGACUAGCAAAAUUAAAUGAAGAAUUUAUUUCAUAUAAAUCCCCAGCAGCUGGGUUUGAUUUUACUUCUGGAAAGAAAAUUGAACAAAAGCUACUCGAUCUUAAUCAGGAAGCUGAGAGAUUUGGAGGAUAUGCUUAUGAAGAAUUAUCAGAAGUGUCACCUGAUCAUCGGUUCCUUGCAUACACUAUGUAUGAUAAAGACAAUGACUACUUUGUGCUAUCUGUAAGGAAUUUGAAUUCUGGUUCAUUAUGCCGUAAGCCUCAAGCAGUCCGGGUGUCAAAUAUUGCAUGGGCUAAAGAUGGGCAAAUGUUGCUUUAUGUUGUUACUGAUAACAAUAAGAGGCCGUACCGGAUUUACUGUAGCAUUAUCGGAUCAACUGAUGAAGAUGUUUUACUUGUUGAGGAACCCAAUGAAAACGUUUAUGUUAACAUAAGACACACAAAAGACUUCCAAUUUGUGACUGUAAACACAUUUUCAACUUCUUCAUCAAAGGUCUUUCUGAUCAAUGCAGCUGAUCCAUUAGCUGGCAUGACUCUUGUUUGGGAGUGUGAAGGUCUGGCCCAUUGCAUAGUUGAGCAUCAUCAAGGUUACCUCUACUUAUUUACAGAUGCUGCCAAAGAUGGUCAAGUUGUUGAUUAUCAUUAUCUUCUUCAUAGUCCUGUUGAGGCUUCCGCCAGUCCUAGAAUCUGGGAGCAGACUGUAUUUGAUGAUGACCAAGAUUUAGUUGUGGAAGAUGUUGAUUUCUGCAGCACACAUUUGGCAAUUAUCAUAAGAGAAGGUCGAAAAUUUAGGCUUUGUUCAGUUGCUCUACCACUUCCAGUUGGACAGGGAACUGUUCACUUGAAGGAGCUUCAUCCUCAUUUUCUUCCACUUCCAAAAUAUGUGUCGCAAAUAGCACCAGGACCUAAUUAUGACUACUACUCAUUAACUAUGCGCUUCACAUUAUCAUCACCUGUGAUGCCUGAUGCUGUUGUUGAUUAUGACUUAUCAAAUGGAAAGUGGAAUAUCAUUCAACAGCAAAAUGUGCUUCAUGAAAGAACGAGAAUUUUGUAUGGAACAGCCUCUUCUGCUAGCGUCAUUGAGAAAUCAAUGAAAGAGAGUAGCAGUUCUGUGAAUGAAGUAAAAUAUGAAGAUAACUUAUGGAAUGACCUAUCUGAGUUUUAUGCUUGUGAACAUUAUGAUGUCUCAUCAUAUGAUGGAACUUUGAUUCCUUUAACUAUUGUAUAUUCUCGCAAACAUGGAAAAGAGAAUCAGAAUCCUGGAUUGCUUCAUGGACAUGGAGCUUAUGGUGAAUUACUUGACAAGCGGUGGCGCAGCGAAUUGAAAAGCCUUCUUGAUCGUGGUUGGGUUAUUGCUUAUGCUGAUGUUAGAGGCGGAGGUGGUGGAGGUAAAACAUGGCAUCAUGAUGGCAGACGUACAAAAAAGGAGAAUUCCAUCAAAGAUUUUAUCUCUUGUGCCAAGUUCCUUAUCCAAGAAGAGAUUGUACAGGAAAACAAACUUGCUGGUUGGGGAUAUAGUGCUGGGGGACUUUUGGUUGCUUCAGCCAUUAAUUACCAACCUGAUUUAUUUCGCGCUGCUGUUUUGAAGGUUCCAUUUUUAGAUGCAACCAAUACUCUUCUGUAUCCCAUUAUACCACUUACAGCUGCUGACUAUGAAGAGUUUGGGUACCCUGGGGACAUUGAUGAUUUUCAUGCCAUCCGUAAUUAUUCUCCGUAUGACAACAUUCAGAAGGAUGUUCUGUACCCGGCAGUAUUGGUGACAUCAUCUUUCAAUACACGAUUUGGGGUCUGGGAAGCUGCAAAGUGGGUUGCAAGAGUGCGCGACUCUGCUAUUUAUGACCCCAAACGUCCGAUACUGCUCAAUUUAACAAUAGAUAUAGUGGAAGAUAACAGAUACCUGCGCUGCAAGGAGGCAGCACUUGAGACUGCAUUCCUCAUAAAGAUGAUGGAGGCCUAAUCUUACUACUAAUAUUUCCUACCAAAUCAGCUGAUCUUCACAGUACAGAAUGCUAGCAAGGUGGCCAGAUUUCAUAGACAAAAAUUACUAAAUCCAAUUUGACCAUCUGUUGAAAAGUUACAUUCAAGGGAAAGAGUAAUGCAUUUUUUACUUUAUUUAAAGUCCCAUAUGGUCACUAUAGAAAAUAGAAGAUAGGGGAUCCACGUUUUUUGUGAUAUUGGAGGAGCUGGAAAAUGUAAGUGGUUCCUUUUGCAAAAGCAACCAAUAUACUGAAGACAGGAAAGGCUUCAGAUGGUGAACGCAUUAGACCUGAGUUUUGGUUGUCAAUUGCUAUCAAAUGUUUUGAUUGUAAGUUAGUUAUCUGUACAUAUCAAUCUAUCCUGUGUGCUCAUUUUUAAUAAAAAAUAAUAGCGGGCUCAUAGAAUUUGAGAAGCUUUUACUAGA